CCCAGUUUAUUCACACAUAGCCUACUGGGUUUGUUCUGACACUGUCACUCGUCUGCCAGAGUUUGUCAUGGUUGGUUUUGUUUAGUUAUCGACAAAGAAGUAGGCUACCAGGUUUUUUGUGCCGGUACUUCAGUUGGCUAAAUCCUUGACUUGUGACUUUAUGAUAACCUGGAAUUCUGAAGGACAUACAAGCGUUUAGGGAACGCAGGGACAUGCUUUUCGAGUAUUUUGGAAUUGUUGGGAUUCUAUUAUGUUUCAUUUUAGUUUCCGAAUCCGGAACAGACAAAGUUCCGCUCCCUGCACCGCGCAACCUGUCAAUAAACUGGCGCGAUGAGUUCUGUCUGACGCUGUCAUGGCAGGCGCCUCAGGAAGACUUGGGCAAAUGCAAAGUGAAGUAUUAUGUACGAAUUGACGAGUUAGCAUACCGGUAUGACGACCUUGGUCCCUAUAAACGAAUCGAAACAAGUCCAAAGUGCCAUUUCACCGAGAAUACGGUGAAGUACACUGUGCAGACCGAGCCCAUAGAAUGUGGAGACAGAAACCGGAGUGAACCUGUGACCCAAAUUAUCCCUCAACGCACAGUUCUACAGCAUAUUAAGGACUUCAACUGUUACCUCUACUCGACAAAGGACAUGAACUGUUCCUGGCUGACAUCCAAUCAUGUUUCCGACCUCCAACUCUUAUAUAGGAGGGACGAAGAUACCCAUUUAGCGGCAUGUACAAAGUAUCUCUACAGAAAUGGUGUGAAAACAGGAUGUCACCUACAUGACAAUCAAGCUUUUGAGUGGCCUUCUGUAUAUUUCUUGCUCAAUGGUACAUUCGAUGGCUCACCUUUUCAGAAUACCUUCAAGAGGACUCCCAGGAAACUUGUCAAACCCCCACCCCCCACACUCAACAUAAAACAAGAGGGGAAAAAGCUUGUCCUUGAUUGGGCACCACCAGACAUAUUUCAGCCUGACUGCUGGGAGUACAAAUUGAAAUACAUCAAAUGUGGGGAGACUUCCUCUGUCACGAGUCAAACAAAUUCAGCCAGCAUACCAUAUGACUCAAUGUGCCAGUACGAGAUCCAGCUUGAGACUACAUUAAAAUCUUUGUGUAUUUUGGUGGGGGGAAGCAGCAUCAUCGUACGAAGCCCAUUCCAAGUUUAUGGUAUUUUCACUUGGAUUUUCAUUGUAAUCAAAUGUAUAAUGUAUUUAUUUGAAACACUUUUCAAGCCAGUAUUGAAGGUAAGUUUGCUUAGAUAUAGAAAAUGGUCCUACUUUGAUCACAAUGUUUUGACUUUUGAUAAAACUGCCACUAAUACAGUUAAUUGUCCGUUUCCACAAUUUGUGACAGACUUUUUUAUUAAGUCCCAGCUCAUGUUGUUCAUGUGUUCUCUUCAGGUCAGGAUAAUCAUAACAUGAUAGUGGUGGCCAUCAUUGUUCCAAUCAUCAUCUUCGUUUCUGUCAUCAUUGCGCUUGUGUGUUUAAGGAAGCAUAAAACCAUUAUUUUCCCUGACAUUCCCAAACCUCAACUAAUAUUCAAGGACAUAA